GUUCGUAGUAUUUAAAUUUGCGCUACAUAUUCUCGUAUACCAAAUUUGCUUUACUCUUCAAAUUGCGUUGGUAGCUCAUAACAACUUCUUUUUUUGAAACUCCCUGACAGCGCAAACUAAAAUCGCCUGAACAAGACAAAGGAUGGAUGGUGGGCAAAUACUGCUUUCUUAUAUAAAAGUAUGGGUGAUCCUCCUUUUCCUCUCAGCUACGUUCCAGAACUCAAAACUUGCUGCCAAAAAUGCUGAGCAGGAUAAAAAAAGAAAGCUUGCUGCAGAAAACUCAGGUUUCGUCAGCAUUGAUUGUGGGGCGAAGGAAGAUUAUCUGGAUGGGAAUACUGGAAUAACUUACAAAACCGACAAAGAUUUCAUUAGUACGGGCAAGAAUACGGUAGUUGCACGAGAGCAUUACUUGACGACUCUUUACUUCGGGGAUAUGGUGAAUAGCUUGAGAACCUUUCCUGAAGGUAAAAGGAAUUGUUAUACAUUGAAACCUAGACAGGGUAAGAACCAAAACUAUUACGUCAGAGCUUUCUUCUACUAUGGAAAUUACGAUUCUAAGAAUCAAACUCAAAUAAAGUUUGAUCUAUACCUCGGGGUAAACUAUUGGGCAACAGUACAGCCUGUCAAAGAUAGGCAGUGGCAUUAUUACAAUAUUAUUCAUUAUUCAGUAACUGAUACCAUUUAUGUGUGUCUCGUAAAUACUGGUUUCGGAGUUCCUUUCAUCAAUGGAUUGGAUUUACGGUUCAUGAAUGAUUCCCCGUAUAGAAGUAUGGAUAGAUCGUUGAGUCCUGUGGUGCAAGCUGACCUUGGCAGCCAUCAAAGCCAAAACUCCAUCAUCAGGUACAAAGAUGACGUGUUCGAUCGCAUCUGGUGGCUUUACAAUCUCACCGAUUCAGUUUCAAUCGGCACCGAAACAAAUAUUGAUAUCCAGGGCAGUACUAAUGAUCCAUACCGUCUACCAGUCGAAGUCUUGAGAACGAAAGAGAAUUUCACACCUGAGUUUCGUGUCUACUUUCACUUUGCUGAAAUAUUCGAGCAGACUGCACCAGGCAAAUUACGAGAAUUCACCAUUACUUUGAAUGGCUUAAACUAUGGUCCCUUUACCCUUGAAUACUUGAAGCCAUUGACCAUACGUUCAAAUAUAACACAAGAAGGUCAAGUUAGGUUUUCUAUUGAUGCAACGUUGCGGUCUGACCUUCCACCUAUCCUAAAUGCCUUUGAGAUCUUCGUACUAUGGCCACUCCCUGAUUCACCGACAAACCAAACAGACGUUGAUGCAAUCAUGGCCAUCAAGGAAGCGUACAUGAUAGAUAGAGUUGACUGGCAAGGAGACCCAUGUUUUCCACUUUCUACGUGGACUGGUUUGCAGUGCAACAAUGACAAUCCUCCAAGGAUCAUCUCUCUGAAUCUAAGUUCAAGUCAAUUAUCAGGGAAUAUAGCUGUUUCACUCUUGAACCUCAGAGCAAUCCAAUCCUUGGAUUUAUCAAACAAUGAAUUGACAGGGGCAGUGCCAGCAGCUUUUGCGCAGCUGCCAAAUCUUACGAUCCUAUAUUUGAGUAGGAAUAAACUCACAGGUGCAGUUCCCUAUAGUCUCAAGGAAAAGUCUAACAAUGGACAGUUACAGCUGAGUUUGGAUGGAAAUCCGGAUUUAUGCCUGAUGGAUACAUGUGAAAAGAAGCAGGGAAGUUUUCCUGUUCCAGUUAUUGCAUCUGUCAUAUCAGUUUCGGUGCUCCUUCUCCUUGGCAUUAUAACUAUCUUCUGGAGGUUGAAAAGAGGGAGAUUGAAUGUGUCAUUAUCUUCCUCGGUGGGCUUAUCCUCACUGAAAUCAAAGAAUCAACAAUUUACAUACACUGAAAUAGUUAGCAUUACCAAUAAUUUCCAAACCAUUAUUGGAGAAGGAGGAUUUGGAAAAGUAUAUCUUGGAAACUUGCAAGAUGGUCGUCAAGUUGCUGUCAAAUUGUUAUCUCAAUCCUCAAGGCAAGGUUAUAAAGAAUUUCUAGCGGAGGUCAAACUAUUGAUUAUUGUUCAUCACAGAAACUUGGUGUCCCUCGUUGGUUAUUGUAAUGAGCAAGAAAAUAUGGCCCUUGUUUAUGAAUACAUGGCAAAUGGGAACUUGAAGGAUCAAUUGUUAGAAAAUAGCACGAAUAUGUUGAAUUGGAGGGAAAGGCUGCAAAUUGCAGUAGAUGCAGCACAAGGUUUGGAAUAUCUGCAUAAUGGUUGUAGGCCGCCAAUAGUCCAUAGAGAUUUGAAAUCAUCCAACAUCUUAUUAACUGAAAACCUUCAAGCCAAGAUUGCUGAUUUCGGGCUGUCCAAAGCCUUCGCAACCGAAGGAGACUCGCAUGUCAUAACUGAUCCUGCAGGCACGCCCGGAUACAUUGAUCCUGAAUUUCGAGCAUCAGGAAACUUAAAUAAGAAAAGUGAUGUUUACAGCUUCGGUAUUCUUCUGUGUGAGCUAAUAACUGGUCAACCGCCUUUAAUAAGGGGCCAUAACGGCCACACUCACAUACUUCAAUGGGUGAGUCCUCUAGUUGAAAGAGGGGAUAUCCAGAGCAUUAUCGAUCCAAGGCUGAAAGGUGAAUUCAACACUAAUUGUGCUUGGAAAGUUUUGGAGAUAGCACUGUCCUGCGUACCCCCGACUUCAACACAAAGGCCGGACAUGAGUGAUAUUUUGGGAGAGCUAAAGGAAUGUCUGGCCAUGGAGAUGUCAUCUGAAAUGAGCAUGCGCGGUUCCGUUGAAAUGAGCUUGGUGCUUGGCACAGAUACGGCUCCAAAUCUUAGGUAGUU